AGGUGAGUGAGGACAAGGGGCAUGGGCAGGGGCAUGAGGACUUGGGGAAGGGGCAUGAGGAGUCGGCAAAAGAUAGCACCUCGGGACUGCUGGAUGAAUCCCGGCAGGGUGGGAGUGAGGGCACGGGGGAGGGGGCGGGACAUGAGGACUCGGCGAAAGAUAGCAUCUCGGGAGCACCGGAUGACUCCCCCCGUGAGAUCCAGGAUGAGGACGAUGGCAAGGGUGCGGAUGAAGAGGACUCGGACAACUCCAAGGAAGUCCGGCUGGUUGACAAACGAGUGAUUCACGAGGGGGGAAGGGGGACUAGGGGCRGUGACCUGCAUAAUGAGGUAAGUACACGGCCGGACGAGGACGAGCUUGCCCGGAGUGGGGGAGAGGGUGGAGGAACGAAUUAUGGGGAUGUAAUAGGGGAGCUGGCUGCUGGUGGUAGGAAGCAGCAGGGGGGUAGGGUAAGUGCACGACAGGACGUGGGUGAGUCUGCCCGAAGUGGGGGAGAGGGUGGAGGACCGAAUUCCGGGGGCACAAUCAGGGAGCAGGAUGAUGGUGGUAGGAAGCAGCAGGGGGGUGAUGCAAGUAGUAUGCAGCAGCAAAUAGAGACCGGUGCCCGGGAAAAGGAGCAGGAGGGAACGAAAGGGGGCGGGAAGGAAGCGAGGAGCCAACAAGCGGGAGGUAAGGAGGGGGAUCGGGAAUCUCGGCUUGCCACGGGGGGUGGGAUGGAACAGGGUGUCGAAUACGCCCUGUGCUGGGAGCAGAAUGAUAGGAGCAGGCCGCAGCGAUUAGAGAUUGGCGCCCGGUAAAAGGAGAAGGCGGAUCCGGAAGGGGAAGGGAAGGGUGCGAGGAGCAAACAAGCGGGAUCUAAGGAGGGGGAGGGGAUGGAACAAGGCGCUGUACACGCCUUGUGCAACCGAGA